AUGGAUGUAAUGGAGGAUCCCCCAGACAACAAUUUGUAUAAUAAUUUAAAGGAUGUACUGACGAGCAGACAUUCCAUGAGUUUGGAGAGAAGAAUAAAGAAAUUAAUAUCGGACGAGGAGAUAGGAGACAGACGACCAUCAGAGUUUUUCCGUCACUUGAAGCAACUAGCAGGUUCAGCAGCUACACCAGGUGAGGAAUUCAUCAUGGAACUUUGGUUAAGUUGUGUUCCACACGUAAUAAACAUCGCUCUAAUUUCGCAAAACGUACAAGAUAUCCAAACCCUAUUAAUUUGGGAUGCAACGCAGGAUGCUAGAUCUGUGGUUGCGCGGAUCGCCUCAAAGUCUGAGGAGCUCAUCAAUCAAAACAAAAUGGCAAACCUGCAGGAAGAAAUUUGCUCCCUUAAGAAAAUAAUCGCUGAAUUAAAAAUUCAGAUGCUGAGCAUCGGAAGUCGCGAACCCGUUUCACAGAUAGGACUAAAAGUCGGACCCCUAGCAGAAAAAGAUUUAGGUCUACUGGUGCUGAUUGUUGUUUCCAUUUUCGAUUUGGAAAAAUGUCAGGUGUGUUGCGCCAUGCAAGCUGUUGGGAUGGCCAACAGUUCGGUUUCUUCAAGAUCAAGCCGUGUCUUCAUUAAAGAUAGAGAAAACCAUUUGAAUUUUUUGAUCGAUGCUGGGGCUGAUUUGUCUGGGGUUUUGCGGUGA